GAUUUGUCUUCAAACAUUAUCACCUCUCUUCCAGAAGGAUUGCUUAACAGGCAAACGAGGCUUGAGUCCCUGUAAGUAAAAUUUGAUAAGCCCUGGCGUACCCUACAAAAUUUCUGAACUUACUAUGAAAAAGAAAUUUUCUCUCCAAGUUGACUUAACUAUGUUGGGACACCUCAGCCCUGAGCGUUUCAUAUAAUUAAAAAAAAAAAUUGGAUACCCUUGGAAUCGAAUACAAAAUAUUAUAGUUUCCUACCAAAUAGGUAUUUUCCCUUUUUUCGAUAACCACGAUUAUGAAGCAUCACUUUUAAUUUCGUGAGGUAAUUCGUUUGUUCCCACAGGGACUUUUCUUCAAACGCUAUCGCUUCUGUUCCGGAAGGUUUCUUUGGCAAGCUAGCCAGGCUUGUAAACCUGUGCGUCCAAUUCGAUUCUUUAUCCAAUGCUAGACUCACCAUAAAUUACCUGAUUUCUCGAACUCCAGAGACCCAAAUGGCACCCGCACCUUGAAACGCUGGGACUUAAAAAGGAAAAAACAAGCAACUUUUACAGUUGGCCAACUUCUGCAGCCAAGGCCAACUCCAGCAGCAAGUUUCGUCAUUAUCGGUUGACUCACAUUUCUAUUCCACUACUGCAGAAACGUACACUCAAUUAUUUUUUUGUUUUUUUGUUAGAUUCCUCCAUAGGAACAAUUUACAACGCAUUCCGUACAGACUGUUCUUUGUCUUGAAACGACUACAGAUAAUGUGAGUAUACACGAGCACACCAGUUUGGAGAAAAUUGACCUGGAGAGUAUGGUGAGGUUUCUUUUGGCUGACAAAAUGCGCUUCAUAUUUGAUAAAAUUUAACGUAUAGUAAUAAUUGAUGUUGCAGUGGAAUGUAUGCGUCACUUCUGCCGUAAAAUACUUAUGCCUAAGAAACCAUUUACCGACCACUGAUGAUGGCGAAAAAGAAACCAAACUGUUUGAAAAGUUUCCUUAAAUGUAUCCAAUACAGGAGUUUUUGUUAACUCCCCUCCUAGUGGGGUGAUCUGAGUAAAUUUACAACACUAUGCGGUGGACUUUAGGCAGACUGCAUCGAGCAGUCUACAAUUUUGAGGAAAAUUUUUGCAAUUGCCCCAAUUUCGGAAUCAAGGCCAAACCACAACUCUUUGCGAGAAGUGCAUUGGUCUUUAACUGCUAACCAAUACAGAAAAAAUGUAGGAGACGGGACCUACGGUUUAUCGUCCAUCUCCGAGAAGACUAACCACUUGCAGAUGUCAUUGUUAAGGCAGCAGAUUCUUCUGUUAUUUGAAGACCCUGAGUGUUGGUCCGGCCUGGGACUUGAACCCUCGACCUCUCCUUCGACAUUCCAGCACUCUAUUACCUGAACCAACCAGGGGCGGUAAAUAUGCUUACAAUAAGAGUUACGACUAUAUUAAUGACGAUAACGAUCAUGAUAACGAUGAUAUAAUUCCUAUCAAUUUAUCUUUUACUUUUAGAACACUAUCCGAUAAUCCUAUAAAAACAAUCGAGCCCGGGGCCUUUAGCUUUGGUGUGUCUUCUAACACUAGGGUGUAAGUCAUUUUAACCAUCAGUCAGACUAUUUACAAAUGUUAUACUAUUCAUUCUGUCCAUUUUCAUUUUCAUUUUUUCACAAUAAUUCUAUUUUAUGGAAAAAACUCUCUUUGCCAGAGAAAGUGUUAACUCUCUAAUGUUUAAAUUUUCAUAUGAAUAAAAUUAUUUUCAAAAAGUAUAAAAUCUACUCAUAUCAUUCAUUGUUUCAUCUGAUUGAGACGUCAUCCUCAUUCAGCAUCUUCCUCGCUGUAUGCAGUUAUUCAAACAUUUUUGGGUUUUUUUGGCAAAACUAAUAGCUGUUUGUUACAGGUUUCUUAUGCGAACAAACUUGAAAAUAUUCACCUCGGAUUUCUUUACGGACUUCAUCGCUGACAAUCUUAAGCUGUAAUGUACCAAAUGAAUGUCUAAGAGAAUUAAAUCAAUUGACAUUAACUAACUAUUCCAGCUUAUCUGACGGAAAAAUGUUGACCGCCAUCUCGGUAUUUCGAACUGUAUGUUAUCAGACGUUUCAAGCCGGAAUGUAUCCAAUGAAUAAGACCAAAUACUGUCACAAUGUAAUGCCGCUACAAGAAAACACCAAUCGACAAAAACACAUCAUUGACAAGAUAAUGAAGAAAAUGAAAGAGAACUCAUGGUUUAAAGAUCUUUGACCAAGAAGAUGACCAACCAUAGUGCUAGUGAGGAAGAAUUAAGCCGAAAAUUUCCGGUGACCCAUAGUGUGAAAAUAGAAAAACACAGGUCCCAUAUCAACCAUAAUUCUCGACGACAACGACCCGGAAACGAGUGAGGACGACAAAUAAUUUCAUUAAUCACUGACAAGCCAAAAAUGUGCUAUGAGUCAGCGGUAACCCCAAAAUUCGCUUAAAUUUUCUGCCUCGUGUAGUUCAAGCCCCUCAUUGCACUACUUCAGCCACUGCAAAGUCACUUUCAAUAGAUCACCGAAACUAAGCGUCCUCUCGACUCUGAGUAACUUUUAAAACCUUCAGAGUAACUUUUCAAAGUUAAAAACACUUUGAAAAUGGCAUAACUUUUCCCAAAGUAAUUUCAUCGAUAGGGAAUGUUUUUAGGCAGGCCUGGUUUCACUGCAUUGGUGUUGUUUUACAAAAAUAGAAUCUCACUCAGCUAAUUCGUGUGUUUUUCAGUUUAUUGACGCAAAAUGAACACUGAAAUGGCAUCCUACAAAAUUGCGCAACGGCGUGCGUUUUUGACCCUCUUAAUAAAAAAUAAUUUUGCCCUCUGUAUUAUAAGGAAGUAAUCGUAUGUUGCCUCGUAAAAUAAAGACUCAAUAUCACUUCUAUUUUCACUCAACAAGUGAGGAGAAACAUUCGACAACGUCUCGUGUUUCUCCCUAAACCUCUUUCGUGCUCUAGCCGCUUCCCGCUUGCUUUACAACAGCACAUAGCACAGUCAAGCCUUCUCUGUUUGUUAAUUGUCUAUGAUUAAACUCUUUAGCGAAGUAUACGCCAAGAACCAGAUAGUAGCAGGGGCGUAAAAAGAGGCUGUUAAAAACUAAUUUUUAAAGAUGAACUUACGAAUAAUUCUCAAAAUAGCAGAGGCUUUUAUUUUUUUAAUGUACUGUGGGCUGCACUUGUGUUUCAGUAACUCGUGGCAAAGAAUUCCUCGGAUCAUUUAUUACUACAAUUCGAACAGGACAACCAUGGAAGUACAUCUGUCAGUAUAAUGUGUAUGGUCCAGAUAUAUCGAACGAUUCUUGGAUCUUAAUUGUUAUUCGCCCUUAGCACCUCAUGACAAACUAGUUGAUUUUGGUAGUCAAUACUUUUUUUUCCAGGAAUCCACUCGAUCCUCAAAUAGAAGUUAUCAAGUUCCAUCGUGAUGAAGCUUAUUUGCUUCAAAAUGCUAUGCUACACAUGGGUUUUACAAUAAAUCGUAUUGGACUUUACGACGUACUUCAACCCUGUUCACUGGGAACGUUUUCAAAAGGAAAUGGCAAAUGCACAGAAUGCCCUCCAGGUUUGUUUUAGUAGAUUCACUGUAAGUAAGACAUGCGACGUGUGAUUAACCCUUUAAACCCUAAGAGUGACCAGCAUUUAAUUUCUCCUUUCAUUAAUGCCACUGCAUCCUUCAUUACGAUCAUGAGAACAAGAGAACAACUGAAAUGUUCGCCAACUUACGAAGCUUUGAUCAUUUAAUGAAUUCUCCUUGCCAGUACCAAAGGAAAUAUAUAGUGGAGAGUGUGGAAUCUAUGGACACUGUUCUCAGGGUGUAAAGGGUUAAUUAACGAUUAACUCGUUCAGCUUUGCUUCACAUUUUGACAAAUGUCUUCCUAAACUCAGGUACCAAGAAUGAGUAAAUAAUAUGAUUAACGCACGAGUUACCAUAAUGUAAAAACUUUGCAAAAUAAGCGAUCUCGUUUGGCAUUUUCUGGAAAGACAUGCAGGAAAAUGCUACAAUGUUUAUGACCUGAAAUGGCAUCCAGGUGACAACAAACACAACAGUUACUGCAGACAGUAUUACAGCGAGUCGUUUGUCAUGUUCACCGGACCGCUUAUGUCCGCUGUCUCUCCUGGCGAAACGAAAUUUCAUUUUGAAUUAUAUUAUCACAUAAGAUAUGCAAAUUAUCGAGAGGGUGACGGAAAAGGAAACCAGCAUAAAGUAUAA